UAUUACUCUCGUGCGUUAAUUCUGCUCAAAAAUUGAAAGCGCGCGAUAUGCAAUAAUCGCUGUAGGUAAUAGGCCCUGGGUAACAGGCUCGAAGCAAACAAUGUGUUUUGUUUUAUAUUUCGUGUUACGCUUUCUCUCGCUCGUUCGUUUCCUUGUUGUUGUUUUUUGUUAAUUAGCUAUUUAUUUAAACAUUUAGCGUUUAGAUGUCAUAUUCUAUUUUGAUUUAUUUAUUCAUUUACUUUUUAUAUUUAUUCUUCAUUAGUAUGUACAAGCUUCAAUACUUCGUGUGCACAGUACUCGGCAUCAGUACAGCCAAUUUACUGGUAGUAGUAGAGCGUAAACGUUCUUCAUCCAUAUAUCAAUCCAUUGAUGAGUUCACCAACCCGUAUAAUGAUACUUCAUUCUGCAGUUUAAGAAAUGCUAGCUGCGGUGGAGUUCCUUGUACCCAUUGUAGCUGCAAUACCAAGACGGUUUUUUACUCAUACCUCCACGGAUGUAAAAGUAAAAUGGAAAUUGAGAAAAUCUUAAAAGUUAAAUUAGUUACAUUUUCGGUACGAAACGAUAUUAUCCCAUUAGUCGGCGAGGAUACGUUGAAUUCUUGCGUUAGCUUUUCACUUCCCAUUGAUGGUGUCACCGAUUGUAAUUUGGGUGGAAUGUAUUUUAUUAACAUUGUAACUGGCGGAAUUGAUUUCCAAUUUAUGGACUACUUUGAGUUGGUAAGAAACACAACAAGGUCGCUUUGUUUGAAAUACACUGCUUCGAAAAGAGAUCUCGCCAAAGCAUACGGAAUGUUAGUAAAAUUACCUCUUCAGUGCAAAGAUGGAAAUUCGCACCUAACAAUACCAUUUCUAAUGACAAUAGAAGGAGUUUACGUAGACAAUAGCAAAACCUUUCCGACACAAAAAACAGUAACAACAACAGAACGUACUUUUGUUACGAAUUCACCGACUACUGUCACAACUGAAGCGUUAGUCCGCACAAUAUCUACGACUAUCUCAACAAAUGUAUCGCCAUCCGUCAGGAGAGAAACGUCAGCCGCUAAAACUGAAACGUUAGCCGUUACAACUGAAACGUCUUUUAGUAAAAGCACAACAACGUUGGGAUGGAUUACGUCGAGCAAAACGGAGGUAAAAAGAAGAAUGCAAUCCUUAAGUUACUGCAGAGAGGUUUUCGCGUGCUUUUGCGAAUUGGCAAAUGAAAUAAAGUCUUUCGGUUAAUAAAUUUAGGCAUAUUUAAACAGGAAAACCCCUUUCUGUCCUAAAAAAAACCUUAGCAUCUUGAAAAGGUAAACACAGGGCAAAUGUUAGAUAAUUUAUCUAUUUUGUAUUAAAUACUUCCAAAAAAGCUGUGGAACAUUAAAAGGACUAUAUAAAAUUAAAUUCGGUAGGUUUUUAUUUCCAAAAAACAAAAUUCUUGUUCCCUAAUUCCCUCAAAAAUUUACCAAAUAUUGUAGUCAUAAAAAUCUGUAAAUAAUGCCAUAGUCAGUAUGGAAUAAGGUUAUCGAUUGAAAUAUACAUUAGCCCUUACAUGUAUUGGAAAUACAAGAACAUAAAUCGAGAGCUGGGCGGAGUUGAGUAGCUUUUAGUACUUGACGAAAGACCAUUUUGCAUUAAUGAACUACCCAAACCGUAAUUGAGGUAAUUUCCGCGAAUUUCUUUUGCACUUUUUUAUCUUCACUUUAUGAAAAUACCUUUUCUUAAAUUGGGUGUUUACAAAUUUUUUGGUGUGAAUUAAUUUUUGCAGAUGCCGAGAAAUCAAAAUUAAUAAAAUGCAACUAUAGCGAAUGAUAGGUAGGAUAUGUUAAGACACGGAAAGUUGGUCUUUAGGUUCGCCUGUCUGUCAAUUUUAAAAAAGUUAUUUUUCGCGAUGACUGAUACUGGUACAUUUUGUGGAAAAAAACCGGGAAUAUGGUCGAUAAAUCGCAAAUUUCUUUUCGCGGAAAGUUGCAUUUCUGAUUUGAUCACACGUAUGACCUAAUAGAAAAAAUAACUAAAUAUUGUAAUUGAUAUAGGUUGCUGUAAGAAGUGAGCGUGAAGACACUGGCAGUGGAAAAAUGGCAGUUAUUAUUGGUGUAACUUGCGCAGCAUUGAUUGUCACUGUUUUGUUCCUUUUCAUCAUUGUACGCAAAAUAUGUGAAAAAUCCAUUCCGACGUAAGUUUAUUUGUUUAUUUGUUUUUCUUUGCUUGUACCCAUGCUACAUUUAGAUACCUUUUUCAAAGUAUCACUCCAUAAGAGAAUAGUUAUACACCGAGGUCGGUCCAGUGUGCGAUUUUAUUUGCCGUAGUGAACCCAAUCCUAUCUCUUUUAAAACUUAAUUUUUAAAAUUAUUCACUUCUUUAGAAAGAAAGACAACGCAGUGGUUGAAAUGGCAACAAGUAAUUCAGGUGAGUUCAACCAAGGUGUUAAAAGAUUACGUAAUAUAAGCUAUGACUCAAACUCUGCUGGUCCUAGAAAUUCGAUUGUUGACUGUUUUAAACAAAACGACGUUCCAGCUGAACUAUGUAAUUUGAUAAAUUACUGCAAGUACAAACAGUAGAUGAAACCAUUAUCACUGAUAUCAAUUUUAAGACAUUGGCUUACAUAAGAAAAUGCAAAAAGCAAAAAAACACAAUGAGUAACAAUGCUUCAAGAGUCAUUUAGACGGUUCACUGAGUGCAUCCGGCCGACAUAACACGAAUUGCAUCGCGGGUAUGGAAUCUUGUAAACAACACCACUUUUGAGAGAUUUAUCCGCAGAUGAUUUUACGAGGGUAUAACAAUUUAAAAUUUCUUUAAAGUGAAAAUAACCUGACAAUAGCGCUUUAAUUUCGUAAGAUAUUUUUUAGAUUGGUCUGAGAUCUUCCCUUCAAUAAUCAAAAUUUUCUAUCUUCUUCUUCCUUCCUUUCCUCAG